GCAGAGUCAAACCCAACUGACCCAAGCCCAGCCCAGCCGAGCUAAGCUGGUUAGAGCCGAUUGCAGCUGAACCCAUCUGAGCCGAGCCGAGCCAAGCUGUGCUGAGCUUGAGCCAAACCCAGCCAACCAAGCCGAGCAGAGCAGCGCUGAGCCCAGCCAAUCUGAGCCGAGCCCAGGCAAGCCAAGUGGAGCCCAGGAGAGCCGAGCCGAGCCGAACCGCGCCGAGCCGAUCGUUGCCGAGCGCAGCCGAGCGGAGCGCAGCCGAGCGGCUCCCGCCGCCGGAGCUGUCCAGCCGCCCGCCCGCCCGCAGCCGCUCCGCGUCCCCGCCAUGCGAGAGCGAUGAGCGCAGCUCCUGCGGACGCAGCCCGGCAAUGGAGGAUGAUUUAUUCCAGCUCAGACAGCUGCCGUGAGGUGGUCAAGUUUCGCCGCACUGGGGAGAGUUCGAGGUCAGAUGAAGAUGGCACCUCAGGAGAACAUGAGAUCCAGAUCGAGGGUGUUCGGACAGAGCUAGAGCCUGUCGAGCUCGAGGAUGGAGCUGCAGUGCCAAAAGAAUUUGCCAACCCAACUGAUGAUACUUUCAUGGUGGAAGAUGCGGUGGAAGCCAUUGGCUUUGGAAAGUUCCAGUGGAAGCUCUCCAUUAUUACUGGAUUAGCAUGGAUGGCAGAUGCCAUGGAAAUGAUGAUUUUAAGUAUCCUAGCUCCUCAGCUUCAUUGUGAGUGGCGAUUACCAAGCUGGCAGGUUGCAUUGCUCACAUCGGUGGUGUUUGUGGGAAUGAUGGCCAGCUCCACCCUCUGGGGAAACAUUUCAGACCAGUAUGGGAGAAAAACAGGCCUGAAGAUCAGUGUGCUGUGGACACUCUACUAUGGGAUCCUCAGUGGGUUUGCACCUGUGUACAGCUGGAUCUUGGUGCUGAGGGGCCUGGUGGGCUUUGGGAUUGGAGGAGUGCCUCAGUCGGUAACCUUAUAUGCUGAAUUCCUUCCAAUGAAAGCCAGAGCAAAAUGCAUCUUAUUAAUAGAGGUUUUUUGGGCCAUUGGCACCGUGUUUGAAGUCCUUCUGGCAGUGUUGGUGAUGCCCACUCUGGGCUGGCGCUGGCUGCUCAUUCUUUCUGCCCUCCCGCUCUUGCUCUUCGCUGUCCUGUGUUUUUGGCUGCCAGAAAGUGCCAGGUAUGAUGUUUUAUCUGGGAAUCAGGAGAAAGCAAUUGCCACUUUGAAGAGGAUAGCGACGGAAAACGGAGCUCCGAUGCCUCUGGGGAAAUUAAUUACUUCCAGACAGGAAGACCGAGGCAAAAUGAGGGACCUUUUUACACCCCAUUUUAGAUGGACCACCUUGUUACUCUGGUUUAUAUGGUUUUCCAAUGCCUUUUCAUAUUAUGGGUUAGUUUUAUUAACUACAGAGUUCUUUCAAGCAGGAGAUGUCUGCAGCAUAUCCAGCAGAAGGAAAGAAGUUACAGCAAAAUGCAGCCUGACCUGUGAGUAUCUGACAGAGGAGGACUACACUGAUCUGCUCUGGACAACCCUGUCAGAAUUCCCUGGUGUGUUAGUGACACUGUGGAUUAUUGAUCGGAUAGGCCGCAAGAAAACCAUGGCCCUCUCCUUCCUUGUCUUCUCCUUUUGCAGCCUUCUGCUGUUUCUCUGCGUUGGAAGAAAUGUCCUUACUGUGCUGCUCUUCAUUGCAAGAGCUUUUAUUUCAGGAGGAUUUCAGGCUGCUUAUGUUUACACUCCCGAGGUUUAUCCCACAGCCACUCGUGCUCUGGGGCUGGGAACGUGCAGUGGAAUGGCCCGAGUGGGAGCCCUCAUAACCCCCUUCAUUGCACAGGUGAUGUUGGAAUCCUCAGUCUAUUUAACCCUGGUGGUUUACAGCAGCUGCUGCCUGCUGGCCGCUGUGGCUUCCUGCUUCUUGCCCAUUGAAACAAAAGGUCGUGGCUUACAGGAGUCCAGCCACAAAGAGUGGGGACAGGAGAUGGUUGGGAGAGGAUCUCAUUCCCCAGGGGUCACCAGGUCAAACUCUGGCUCACAGGAGUGAUGAGCCGUGGCAGGAUGGAUGCUGCAAGCAAGAUGUCUCACAACACAGCCAACCCUGAAGCGCAGGAAGCUGAGCGCCCCCUCACUGCCAGCACCACCUGUCCAACUGCAGCAACUUUGGGCUGGAACCUAAGCAAAUCGUGUCUCUGCUGCUCUUUGCUCACGCUCUGUACCCAGGGGCGUUUGAUCCAGGCACUCACUUGGAAGCCUAGCAGGAAGGGUUUCUCUUCAGCCCGUUGUGCUUGCAUGGUCAGCUCUGCAGCUUACGGUGUCCCGUGCCAAGCAAAUAGCUAACUGAAUGCUCUCAUUAAAACAGUGCUCUCCUGA